CUAACUAACCUAAAGGGUAUAUCUACCCACAAUCCAAUCACAAUUCACAUCGGGUUUCUUUCUUCGCUAACUACAAUUCAAUCACGACAUUUUCUCUGCAUUCAUCUAACCCUAAUCGCUUCUUUACACAAAUCCCUUCUUCACUAUCGCUUUUCAAUUUUCUAAUCCCUUUUCUUUUUCAAAGUUCAUUUUGCAGGUCGAUUACUCUUAUGGGGAAAUCAUCCACUUCACUCAAAAAGAACAAACAUUCCUCUAAGACUAAGGCAAGUGGAAGAAGUAAGAGUAGGAAACAUAAAUCAAAGAAGGUUCGCCGCCGUGAAGUUUCUCUUUCUAGCUCAGACUAUGACGAUUCCAAAAGCAUGGACACAUCGUUGUCCUCUAGUUCUGAAGAUAGGUCUAAAAGAAAAAGGGAGCGGUCUCGCCCAAGGAAAGAUGUGAAAAGUCGUAAGAAGAAGGUUCGGAGACGUUCAUACAGCUCUGACAGCAGUGAGGACUCUUUGUAUGCCAAGAAGAGAAAAAAGGUGAAGAGGAAAGACAAGCAUGAUGAGACGAAGGAGAAGUCGCGGAGGAAGAAAAAGGUUAAGAGAGAAACAAGUGUUAGUUCGGUGAGCAGUGGGUCAAGAAGAGACGUUCAGCUUGGGAUUGACAGCAAUGAUAACAGCGAAUAUGAGAGCUCCAGGGGAAGAACAGAAAGAAAGGAGAAAGACAAAAGAAGAUUGAGGGGAAGAAGUGGAAGUGCAAAAAGUGGUAGAUAUAGGGCUCGAAGUUGUUCUCCUUGUAGUAGCCCCCAUGAUGAAUGUACGUAUGAACAGGCUGAAGACAAAUAUGUGUCCAAGAACAAAUCUAGGUGGAUUCGAUCAGUUAUUACUGUUGCAAAAGAGGGGGAUGAAUUUACAGAAUUGAUUGGAAAUGAAACCAAAGAGGAGAUUGUAGAUGAUCAUGAUUACCCUUGUAGAAGUAAUGACAGUAACGAUGGGGGCACAAAGAGGGAGUUGGAUCAUCAUACACAUGAUGCACCAGAAGAGGAAUUGAGGGCCGAGGACGUGACAGGAAAUAUGAAUACUGAUGUUAACUUCACAGAGCCCAAGCUUAGAGAUAUGGGUAGCCUUGAAGUUUGUGCCGGGACAAGUGAAUCAAUGAAGGAGGAAACAAAUGAUGUUUCUGAUGCUAAUCUGAAUGACGUUGAUUUGGAGUCAAUUCUAAGACAAAGAGCAUUAGAAAACUUAAGAAAGUUCCGAGGCCAAGUCCAGUCUACCGCAAAAACUUCUGAACAGAAAAAUAGAAUUGUCAGCCAAGUGAAGCAACCACUUACUGGUAAUCAGGAACUGGUUCAAGAUAAGUCUAAUAUCAGUAAUGUUGCUAUAGCAACGAAACUUGAUAAGCAAACACCUGUAGAAGAAACUAGUUUGCCGGUUGGGAGGAGAAAUUCAGUUGCUUAUCCAAGAAACAAUGGAAGGAAUUUGAACUUGGAUAAAGAUUUAUCUGGUUCUGCUAAGAUUCAAAUGGCUUGUGCACCAGAAAAGGUGAUUGAUGCGGACAACCGAAGCAAAGUAGUCACUGAAUCCACUAAUGCCAUGACGCUGGAUUCAACCCCAUCUCAACCUUGCCACGAUUCACUUCAAAGUCGCUCAUCUCUGAAGCCAACAACUGUGUCCGGACUUCCUCGUGAAAAGUUGGUCUUAGCAGAAAGUAUUAAAAAUAAGGGUAGCAAUGAUAAUGUCAAAGACAUUAGAGGAAUGCCUUCUGCUGGGGCUAAACCUCCUAUUCAUGAAUCUACAUUUAAGCAUAACAACUUGGAUAAGGGGCAAGAUGAUGCCAGUGAUCACUCUCAGUUUAAAUCAAAGCAAACAUCUGAUUCACGUGAAACUUCCAAUCCACAGUUGCCGGUGAGUGAGGCUGAUGAAGAAAAGAAUGCGGCUAAGACAGCCCAAUCUUCAAUCCAGAAUAUUAAUAGCAGUGGCAGAGAUGUUGACGAGUCAUGCAAUGCUGCAGGGAUGUUGAUGGGUUCAUCAGUAGAGAAUAAUUCAGGCAAAGAACAAGAUGGAUCCAAUCAGGGCUCUCAGUUUGAGCAGAAAACAAUGACUGUGAUGAGGGGUGGUGAAUUGGUACAGGUUAGCUACAAGGUCUAUAUCCCUAAGAAAACCCCUGCCUUGGCUAGAAGGCAACUUAAGCGAUGAUCUUAUUUGGUGAAACUUAUGAAGAGGUUAUUAAUGGUUUCAUUCAUAUAUGAACUCUUAGUUACAUCAAUUUUCUAUUAGCUAUAUUUCAUUUAGGUGACUUCGGAGGUGUUGUGAAAGUAGUUUGUUACACGAAUAAUGGUGCAACCAUAUGGCAACACAAAGAAGAGUAGAAGACCCUUUAAUGUUUUCUGGUGGAACAUGAAGACAUUGUGUAAGUCUGCUUUGUGAUGCUUCCACUUGCAAUUUAGAGCAAGUAUGGAUUGCAUGCGGUCACACAAUCACACAGUUGUGGAUUUGGACUGUUUGAUUGAUAAGAUCGGAUGGCUCACAUUUUGAUAUUGCGUAUUAAACUCAUUUGGCGAUGUUGGAAUUUUGUCACAGCUGAUAGGCUUUGAGUAACUUCAAGGGUUACUUCCCUGAGUAUGGAUGGAUCAACAUUUAUAAGUGUACUGGCAACAAUAAACUCUUAAAUUUACUCUUUUUCUGCAAAAUGAAGAAUGCCUCAUUUAACAUA